UACAGAUAACCAAGUUGAAAAUCGACAGCAAUCCAUUUGCCAAAGGUUUCCGGGAUUCGUCGAGGCUGACCGAAUUCGAAAGGGAAACGAUGGAGUCGAUGUUGAGCGAGCACCAUAUGCUCAGGACGCCGUUGUUGGACCCGGGCGGCGGUCUCAGUCAGCUGACCGCCGAAGAACGGGCUGUGCUGGCAGCCAGGUCACAGCUGUUCCUGCGGGCGGCAGCGGCCGCGGCCGCAGUGAGCGGCCCGUACGGCCCGUUAUGCGGCAUAUACAACGCGGCCGCGGCGGCCGGCGGCCAACACCUGUGGAACCAGUGGGCGUCCAUGCAGGGCCCGGCCGGUCUCUACCAACAGUUGGCCGCGGCCGGCGGCGGCGGUCCCACGGCCAUGGCGGCGGCUGCGGCCGCUGCAGCCGCCGCCGCUCAUCAUCAGCAGCAGCAGCAGCAGCAGCACCACCACCAUCAGCAGCAGCAGCAGCAACAACAACAACAACAACAGCACCACCAUCACCAACAACAACAACAACACCACCAGAGUUUGUACCAACAACACCAAGCGGCGGCAGCGGCCGCUAACGGAUUCAGGUUUUCGCCGUACUUGGUGACACCGCCACAACUGUCAGCGGUGCCGGCCGCGGUCCGGUCGCCGUCGCCGUCCUCGCCGGACACGGCCUGUUCGUCAGACCGUUCGCCUCUCGGUGGCGGCCACCGGACGACGCCGCACUAGUAACACCGGAAGCAUCCUUCCCGCGUGCAUGUGCGCUGUAGACCGGAAACGAUUCGUGUAUUAUAUUUUUGUUUACAUUUAUACGAUAAUAAUACUAUAUUGUAUCUGUAAAAAUGGCAAACGGUAAAAAAAAAGAAGUCCGAGUAAAAAAAUUGUUUAAAAUAAAUAGAUACUUAAACUAAAUGAUUUUAUUCGUCAAAUUAUUUUUUGAUUUAUAUUCAUAUGGAUUUCCUUCGUUUGGCCAUCGGAUUUUUAUCGUUGUUUAUUCAUAUAUAUUUUUCCUAAUAUCCCGUAAGACUUCGGACCUCCGAGUCGGGUUUGCAAUGUGUAUAAAACAAUAUAUAUAUAUAUAUAUUAUUAUCGUGUACAGCGUUUUUCGUCUGUUAGUUUUCGCGAUGACGGUCGACGGCCGUCGUCCCGGAUUUCCGGUAUUCUACGGCCGAAACACUGGCCGGAAACGGGUCGAGUGUAGUCAAUCGAUGAUCGCCGAUGAUAGAUUGUACGACCGAUGCCUUUUCACCGUUUUGUAUAUAUAUAUAUGUGUAUGGGAUUAUGCCAUACCGGUGCUGAUGACGGAAAACGUUCAAAGUUUCUUUUUUUCUUUUUCCAUUUUUAAUUUCCUUUUUAACGUUAUCAUUAUUACUAUUAUGUAUAUUAUGUACAUCACCAUGUCGAUGAUGGUCGAUUUACCGCAAGUGUGACUCGAUAUGUCGUUGUAUUAUUCGUUUUAUUAUUAUAAUUAUAAUUAUUAUUAUUAUUAUUAUUAUUACGUAUUUUCGAAUGUCCGACGCCGCCGUCGGUCUUUUAAACGAUAUUUAACAUACCGUGAUGAUGUCGUGCUUGAGAUAAUAAUAUAUUAAUAUUAUUGUCGUACGUGUCGAAUCGUUCAACAACAAUAUUAUUACCUACCUAUAUAUUAUACAUUAUUAUUAUUAUUAUUAUUAUUAUUAUUGAAUAUUAUUAUGUUAUUAUCAUCAUUAUAAAUACUAUUGUGUUUUACUCGCACCAGCGUUUCGCGUAUCCACUGCCAGAACAUUGAAAUACUAUAUGUGCUUGUGUCUGUCUAUACCUAUUAUUAUGUAAGUACGUCAUAUUAUAUAACGAAAAAACUACAAUAAUAUUAUCUGUAUAAUCCGUAAUAUAUAUUUUAUGUAAUAAUAUGUUUACAAAUAAA